AUGGGUGGCGCGGGCAAUGCCGGCUCGGGCAGCGAGGCUGAUCCCAUCAUCACCCGUCUUGUAAACGCGGAUAAGGUUAGAUGGUACCGGAAACCGAACCUGCGAUAUCUCUAUUUCUUAUUAUUCCCAACUUGCAUGGGAAUCGAGUUGACAUCAGGCUUUGACUCGCAAAUGAUCAAUGCAUUGCAGAUAGUGCCGUCGUGGAUUUCAUACUUUGGCAAUCCCCAGGGGUCUCUCAAAGGCAUUAUCGCCGCCGCAUACUCACUCGGUGCUAUCCUUUCGCUCCCAUUCAUCGGCAUCGUCAAUGACAAAUUCGGCCGUCGCUGGUCCAUCAUUGGAGGCUCCGCUAUCAUGGUAAUCGGUGCUUUAAUCCAGGGCUUCUCUGUCAAUGUUGGCAUGUACAUCGUAGCUCGUCUCAUACUGGGAUUUGGCAUUCCCACGUGUAUCGUUUCCGCUUCGUCCUUGAUCGGAGAGUUAGCAUAUCCAAAGGAACGCCCGGUUUUGACUUCGCUUUUUAACGUGGCUUACUUUGUGGGCCAAAUUACCGCCGCAGCCAUUUGCUUCGGAACUAACAACAUUACAACUAAUAUGGCAUGGAAAAUCCCUUCAUGGCUUCAGAUGUGUCCGUCGCUGGUGCAAAUAGCUUUUGUUCUCUUUCUACCUGAAUCGCCAAGAUGGCUGGUUCAACAAGACCGCGUAGAAGAAGCAUUUAACGUCUUGGUGACAUACCACGGCGAAGGGGACAGAGAGUCCGAGUUCGUAAAGGCCGAGUUCGCUCAGAUUCAGGCAACAAUCAGCAUAGAACUUGAGCAUUCUAAACGGUCAUGGGCUGAUCUAAUAGCUACGGCUGGUAUGCGCCGCCGAAUGCUGAUUAGCUGCAUGCUCGGUCUAUUUACACAAUGGUCUGGUAACACUCUCAUCUCGUACUAUCUUGGCGAUCUCCUCGCCAUGAUUGGUAAGAGUGACUCGGUAUUCAAACAGCAAAUCAAUGUGGCCAAUUCAUGCUGGCAACUUGUUUGCGGUACGUGUGUUGCGUUUCUUGUAACCAAGUUCAAGAGACGUCAUAUGUAUCUUGCCUGCACUAUAUCACUACUAUUCGUUUACAUAUCAUGGACAAUUAGUAUGGAGAGAGCUAUCGCCGGAAAGGAAUCAGGCCAUCCUAAUAAUGCGGCAAACGUGGCUACGAUCUUCUGGAUCUUCGCCUAUUCUCCCUGCUAUAAUAUUGGAUAUAACGCCUUAACUUACACUUACCUGGUCGAGCUCUGGCCUUUCGCGGAGCGCUCCCGUGGUAUCGCAUUCUUCCAGCUCUUCGGUCGUUUAGCCGGCUUCUUCACAACCUUUGUCAACCCUAUCGGACUUGGGAAUGUUAGCUGGCGAUAUCUGAUAUCUUACUGUUGCUUCUUGGCUUUCGAGAUAGUAUUUAUUUAUUUCAUAUUCCCCGAAACGUUCGGCAGAACACUAGAAGAGCUAGCCUUCUUAUUCGAAGAUAAGGCUCUAGCUGACGAAGCCGUUCAUGCUGUUGAGAAGGUAGUCGUACACCACGAAGAGCCCGCUAUUAAUAAAGCAAGGUCGGGUGGAAAUGUCAUUACAACUUCUGAGCUUGGAAAAGAAGUAUAA